AUGCCUGCAGGUGUGUCCUGGGCCACCUACCUGAAAAUGUUCGCUGCCAGCCUCCUGACCAUGUGCGCCGGGGCCCAAGCGGUGCACAGGUACUACCAGCCGGACCUGACAAUACCUGAAAUUCCACCAAAGCCUGGAGAACUCAAAACGGAGCUUUUGGGACUGAAAAAGAGACAACAUGAACCUCAAAUUUCUCAACAAUAG